CCUAUGCAAGCAGCGAGGUGUCCCACUGAUGAGCUGUCCUUAACCAACUGUGCUGUGGUCAAUGAGAAGGACUUCCAGUCUGGGCAGCAUGUUGUGGUGAAGACCUCUCCCAACCACAAGUACAUCUUCACUCUGAGAACUCACCCCUCUGUUGUCCCUGGCAGCAUUGCCUUCAGCUUGCCCCAGAGAAAAUGGGCCGGCCUUUCCAUCGGGCAGGAGAUUGAUGUUUCCUUAUACACUUUUGACAAGACCAAGCAGUGCAUUGGCACCAUGACCAUCGAGAUUGACUUCCUGCAGAAGAAGAACAUUGACUCCAACCCCUAUGACACAGACAAGAUGGCUGCAGAGUUCAUCCAGCAGUUCAACAGCCAGGCCUUCUCUGUGGGCCAGCAGGUAAAUCAAAGACCAAGGAGAACAGGCAGUCAAUCAUCAACCCUGACUGGAAUUUUGAGAAAAUGGGCAUUGGAGGCCUGGAUAAAGAAUUCUCAGAUAUUUUCCGAAGAGCUUUUGCUUCAAGAGUUUUCCCACCUGAGAUUGUGGAACAAAUGGGCUGCAAGCACGUGAAGGGGAUCCUGCUGUACGGCCCCCCGGGCUGCGGGAAGACGCUGAUGGCGCGGCAGAUCGGCAAGAUGCUCAAUGCCAGGGAGCCCAAGGUGGUCAAUGGGCCCGAGAUCCUCAACAAGUACGUGGGGGAGUCCGAGGCCAACAUCCGGAAGCUGUUUGCUGACGCAGAGGAGGAGCAGAGGAGGCUUGGAGCCAACAGUGGGGUGCACAUCAUCAUUUUUGAUGAGAUUGAUGCCAUCUGCAAGCAGAGGGGCAGCAUGGCUGGCAGCACGGGCGUGCACGACACCGUGGUGAACCAGCUGCUCUCCAAAAUCGAUGGUGUGGAGCAGCUCAACAACAUCCUGGUCAUUGGGAUGACCAACAGACCUGACCUGAUUGAUGAGGCCCUGCUGAGGCCGGGGAGGCUGGAGGUGAAGAUGGAGAUUGGCCUGCCAGACGAGAAGGGCCGAUUCCAGAUCCUGCACAUCCACACAGUGAGGAUGAGGGAGCACCAGCUGCUGGCUGAGGAUGUGGACAUUGCAGAGCUGGCAGUGGAGACCAAGAACUUCAGUGGUGCUGAGCUGGAAGGUUUGGUUCGAGCUGCUCAGUCCACUGCCAUGAACAGACACAUCAAGGCCAGCAACAAAGUGGAGGUGGACAUGGAGAAGGCAGAGAGCCUGCGAGUGACCAGAGGAGACUUCUUUGCGUCCUUGGAGAACGACAUCAAACCAGCAUUUGGAACCAACCAGGAGGACUAUGCCAGCUACAUCAUGAAUGGCAUCAUCAAGUGGGGGGACCCAGUGACGAGGGUGCUGGAUGAUGGGGAGCUGCUGGUGCAGCAGACCAAGAACAGCGACCGCACUCCCCUGGUCAGCGUGCUGCUGGAAGGCCCCCCCCACAGUGGGAAGACUGCUUUAGCAGCAAAAAUAGCAGAGGAAUCCAACUUCCCCUUUAUCAAGAUCUGUUCUCCUGAUAAGAUGAUUGGGUUUUCUGAGACAGCCAAGUGCCAGGCCAUGAAGAAGAUCUUUGAUGAUGCCUACAAGUCCCAGCUCAGCUGUGUUGUUGUGGACGACAUUGAGCGACUUUUAGAUUAUGUCCCAAUUGGACCUCGAUUUUCCAACCUGGUUUUGCAAGCCCUUCUGGUGCUGCUGAAGAAAGCCCCACCUCAGGGUCGGAAGCUCCUCAUCAUCGGCACCACGAGCCGCAAGGACGUCCUGCAGGAGAUGGAGAUGCUGAAUGCCUUCAGCACCACCAUCCACGUGCCCAACAUUGCCACAGGGGAGCAGCUCAUGGAGGCUCUAGAGCUCCUGGGUAACUUCAAAGACAAGGAGCGCAGCACGAUCGCUCAGAACGUCAAAGGGAAGCCGGUGUGGAUCGGGAUCAAGAAGCUGCUGAUGCUGAUAGAAAUGUCCUUACAGAUGGAUCCUGAGUAUCGGGUGAAGAAGUUCUUGGCUCUUCUGAGAGAAGAAGGAACAGUCCCUACCCUAGACUGAAGGUGGACCAAGUGCAAGAUCAACAGCUGGAAAAGUGACCAACCUGGAGAACAAACACUGGGAUCUUUACUCUUCUGGACAAAGUGAAAUGCUCCCCUGAUCCCCAGAGCCCCAUGUGGAACCUGCAUGUGUAGUGCAAUACUUUAUUCUUUAUCUUUGUCUCUCAUACCCUGAUGUCACGUGGAAGUGUCCCCUGGAGCCCUGUGCUUCUGUCUCUGUAUUUUGGGGUGAGCAGGGGGAAUGUGCUGGGAGCUUUGGGGCUGACCCUCACUUGUGUCCAGCAUUCCUGCAGUAGGAAAGAGAUCCUGGCUCCUAAUAAACCUGCCAGUCUGGUGGAGGGAUGCUGAAGCACUGCUCUGUGUGAUCCUGGUCAGGUGGAGGCUUUUUGUAGAGCCAGCCCCAUGCCCACAGACAGAGCUCCAGCAGGGCCUGGAUGCUGCACCCUCUUCAUUUAUAUCCAGGUGUUUUGGGCCUGGUGGGAUUGGGCACUGGAAGAGGGCAGGGAAGUGUUGAUCAGAGUAGAGGAAAAUUUCCAAAUCCAGUAUUUAAGGCAUCAAACCUUGUUGUUCAUCCAACAACACUUUUAGCAAUGCUGGUUCCAACCUCCAGCUCUUCCUGAGUUCUGUAGUUGGCAGCUUUGGUAUCCUCCAGCCUCAUUUUAUCCCUUUUUCCUGCCAUGUUACCAAAGGUUGAAAUUCCUCCUUUAGAGACAGAGAGGAGGCCGAGCUCUGCAGGUGCAGGAGAUGAGUGUUGCCAUGUUUUUGCACUGAAAUAAAGGAAUGUAUCUCAAACCUUUGCUCCACGCUCCUUCCCCUGCUCCCGUGGCCUCAGGGAGAUGCUGAGGCUCCACUCCUUCCAGAAGGUUCCUGGAACAUACCUCAGCGUGGUGGGGCAUGAAAUCAAAGCCAUUUAGCAGAUGUUAGUCAGUGUAGCUCCCCAACCUCGAGCAGCCCCACUGGAAGGGCUAGCAGGGGGUGCAGGGGGUGUUCCCAGAGGGUCCCCAUGUCCUUCCAGGUCCUGUUGUCCUCAGUGUGCUCACAGAAUUGGGGUGCUCAGGGCACUCCACUCUGCUCCUCUGGCAGUGCUCUUGUGUUGUGAUGCUCUUGUGAGUCCCAGUGGUGGCUCCCUCUCAUUUUUUUGUGUAGGAUCUUGUGAAUUUAUUUGUUCCUCCCUUGCCCUCUGCCAGUCCAGGUGACAGCAGCACACAGUAACUUAUAUUUCAGAGUAAAUGAUGUAAACAUUAUCGUGUCUGUGUCCAGAACUAUAUGGAUGAAUAAUAAAUAUCUGGUUUAAUUGCACAUUCAAUGGAUUCAAUAAAAAGCACAACUCCUUGUGAUGA